CCGCCCGUACGCCAAGACCACAUCCACUGCUCCAGUACAGUCAAUCGGGCAGAACAUUGCUCCAUGGGCUACGCUCAACGCUGGGAUCUCACCUGCGAAGCCGUCUCCACCGAGGAAUGCAAAAGCACCCGCAGCGACCUUUAAACUCACGCACAAGCGCACACUGAGCCCUGCGCCUGCAGCAGAGCCCGAGCCCGUCUUCAAAGCACUGCGCCCUGCCACAACGAGGGUGCCAGUAUCUGUAUCGGGACGCACUGUGUUUGCAGCGCCUGCGGGCUUGCCGUUCAUGGGUAACCCGGAUCGUUCGCCGUCAUCUCGCACGUUUGGUUCUGUGCAUUCAAAGUCGAGCUCUCGUGGGUCGCUUGGCACUAGUCCGGUGUUCAAGAAGGCGAGAGGACACGAGAGGAAGCAGUCGUCGCUUGUGCCUGUGGAGCAUGCUUGUGGUAUUGUGAAACCGCUUGACAGCCCAAGUCUACCCAUUGCCCCUGAUGCACGCCGCAAUCUUGGUCUUGCAGGGACGUUGGGCGGGUCUAUAGGAGAACAAGAAUUGGACGCGAGUGAUCCGGACUCAGACAUCCCAGAUGAAUUGCAGAUUAUUUUAUCGAGUUCCGAUCAUGAAGCCGACGAUACGUUGUCGUUCCAUCCUAAUCCGACGAUCGCGCACCCACCAUUGCCCUCGCCUGGCCUCCCGCCUGAAAUGCCACUCCCCUCACCCAAAGCCGAAGUCCCUGUGUUCCGCGCUAAUGUCAUCGAUGAGGACGAGCACCAAGCUGAUAUCGAAGAAGCUGGGAUGUCAUCCGAGGACGAUACCAAAAAAUCCUUUGACUUUACGGGCGAGCUGCAGAAGCUGAAUGAGUCUGGAGGGUCUGAUAGGCUUAGCUUCGUGGAGCAGCUGGAGAACGCGUUCCGCACCCCUGCCAAGAUCGAUCUGCGGUACGACUUUGACCUGCAACUCGGUGUUCCGCCUGUGCCCAAGAUCCCGUCAUUGCAGGCGGAACUAGAGCGCGCGGGAGAUAGCACGUUCAGCUUAGCUAUGGACUGUACCUUGCAGGACGCGGAGUUCUUACCUCAAGGUUUCCCGAUGGAUGUGGACGCCGAACCUUCGUUGCUUCCUGGAACGGAUAGCUUUGCCACGACGAAUGAUGGGGAGGAUGAAGAUUUCCUAUGUGCAGAGCGUCCUGUCUUGAGGAAUGCUGGGUCCAUGAUGUCGCGUCCAUCGGAAGGACAGCUCAAUAGGGACUUCAAGUUUGGUGGCAAGCCAUCGCCCGCACCCUUUGCUGAAACGAUCGAGGAGCCGCUAACACUCUCGGAUAUCAUUCCUCCUUCUGCUAUUGCCAAGUCCCUCUCUGCAACCUCGAAGCGCAUCGCGCGCUCGGCUGCACACAAUUCAAAUGUCCCAGGCCAUUACAGAAACUCUUCGGAGCUGAGCUUUGCGGGCUUUGACUCGUUCGCAGAGGUGAGAAGAGGAUUCGAGUUCCGCGACGAUCGUCCGAAUUUCUACCCUCCGCCGGGAGCCACUUCGCGUGGUCAGCACAACAGACGCGAGUCUUUGUUCAGCAUUGCGUCCGUCUCGUCAUAUGGACAGGUCAUCAAUCAUGGGUCGACGGAUCCUUUCGACUACGGGGCUAUGGGACCACCACUCCCAAGUCUUCGGGAACGUCCUUCCUCGGACGAAUUCUCGUUCUCCAUGUCGUCUCUUGAUGAUACAUUCUCGUUCAUCCACAGACAGCCUCGCAGGAAACGCGUUGAUAGUGAUGCGUCCAGCUUCUACUUCCGUGCCCCAGUGCACUCGCAGAUGCACCCGUACAAUCGCGUUACCAGUCAUCGCCGCCACUCGUCGUCAGCCUCCGUUGCAUCGUUGGGUCCGCCAAUCAGCUUGUACAACCGCAGCAAUGGACAUCACCGCCGCAGUGGCUCGACGACUAGCAUGAGCAGCUUUGCGCAGUCGUACGCUCAUGGCGGGCGUGCUUCCUGGGCUAGACACCGCCCAGAGUUCUCUGUUGACUCCAUGGUCAGCGACUUCUCGGGGGUUCAUCUCGGGAGACCAGGGCUCGGAGACAAGAUGCUCGAUUCUGCACUGGAUCGUGGCAUGCCACUUACCGCCAUUUCUGCAUCACCGCCCGAAAGCCCUGCCGGAAGCGUCCGAAGCGAGCAGUUCCUGAGUGGUCAGUACGCGAAUCGCACAUCCUAUGACUCGAUCAUGGGUUCGGACCUUGAGCCUCAGCCAGCGUCCAACAUAGAAGACUCGCUCUUUGAGAAGACCGGCCACAGGACAUCGGUUUCUUCGUCUGACUCUGCGUUCUUCGGUGUGGACUCUUCGCAUGCGCCACCUCAAUUCAAACGGUUAUCAAGCUUUAGCAUUGCCAGUGUUCAUAGUCCGCAGAAGGAAGAUGACACGAUGAUCAGCAUGCUUGGUGGUGGCCAUGUUCGACGCCGCUCAGUAGGAUCGAUGAUCGAAGCGUCACCUUGUCGUCAAGUUGAAAGGAGGAAACACACAGCAGUCGACGCUCCCCAACCAACCUUCCGUCUCAAGGGCAAGCUCCAGGAUGACUACGAAUCUCCGAAGAGCAGAGUUAUUGGAACCAAGCCAUCGAUCGCUUCGACUGCACACUCAGUGAAGUUCGGUGACGAGCGCAUGAUUAGAGCCAAGCACGGUCUUUUAGAGAGGCAGAGUUUGGAGAACACUGUGUUGAUUGCGGAGGGAGAGGAUGAUCUGUCGGCAUCUUUCCGUAUCCCCGUCUUCACCCGCCCUUCUUGCGCGGGCCGUUCUCGCUCCAGCACGUGUACGUCGAUGAGUUCUGGUGCAGAGACGCCUCCACUUUCGAUCUCGGAUGGCUAUUCCUCGUUCUCCGAAGGCUCGCAGUCCAGCAUCGACCUCUCACACGUCAAUUAUAUGCUUUCCAACGUCACUCAUCCUUUAUCGAACGCUACCUUGGAUCGAGUGAGACCACGCGCUCGCGGCCACGGUCACCGACGACGGAUAUCUCAAGCUCGUGCUUCACGAACGUCGAUCUACGAGACCAUCGAGGAAGAACUUACCACAUCACUUUCUUCAACUUCGUCCCUUCAGUCGCUUCCAGGUUCUGCAACGAAGACCAUUCGAUUUCCUGAUUCGACGACAAAGGCAAUUGGUCGUGCCCCUGUGUUUGUUGCUGAUCCUGAGACUGCGUCUGUCGAUUCGGUGUCAUUGUGGGAUGACGAGAGGGGUAUCAUGGCGCUACGCAAGUACUAUGCACUUCGCGACGAAGCUCAAGAUACAGUAACAGAGAGUCAGCGAGUCUGGCUUGACACGCCGUUCUCCGUCUUUGCAGUUCAAUCGUUCGAUCCUCCUCGUCAACCUGCCAGUAUGCAAGCGCUCUUGGAACAUUCGUUACAGAACUACGGACCUUUACCUUCGGAUUUGCGCCCUCGACGCAUGCGCUCCCGCGUCAUCUCUCGACCUUCGCCCUAUCCUAGGACCAUCAAGACCUCCUUCACGUCUUCCCCAGCCACCGAGCAAGUGAGGGCGGCCAUUGUUGCCGCUGUCGCGGAAAAUGCUCCCAAUGACACCGUGCGCGCCCAAGUUCAACCUAAGGCACUGCAGCAGAUUUCCGUCAACCCGAACAUCAUGUCACCUGCUAUCGACAACACCAAAGCAGGGGAAGUCAUGAAGGACGUAGCCAUGUCACCUGGUAAACCUGAGCGCGUGUUCGGCGUCCCGCCCCGUCCUCGCGUUGGCUCAGUCGCGCGAAGAGCCGCCUUGGGUUGGGCUAAGCGGAGCACUGGCCGCAACGGGUUGGAGAAUAAGGAGAAUGCUAGCUUCAGUAACAUCUCUCUGACAGCUGUUCCUGGUAAUAUGUCGCAAGGCUUGGUCAUGACGCCAUCGGAAACGCUGAGACUCAACCGACCUCGUCCUAGGGGAAGGCCCACGCCCGCCUCGGCGAGGCCCAUCCGUGUUUGACAGGGCUGGAAAACCUAUCAUCGAGUGUGCUUGUAUCACACAUUCACAUCUUGAGGCUAGCAGCCUUUCGAAGAGGAGUAUAACUGCCACAACCCUGGGCGCUCUCCCAUUCAUCACGACUAGUUCCCUAUCGCUAUGCUAUGACAGCUAUUCUAUGCCAUAUUCUUUCUUGCUUCGCUGAUACAACCAAGCUCAUUGAUACAGGUUAUCCUGACGCACUAUUUGACCAAAUUUUGGCGUUCUUGAUAUAUUGCUUGCCGUUUUCAAUAUAUUGUCUUCACAAUGGCCUGGUUCUGAGUGUGCAGCUACAUAGCGAGCAAUGGAUAAUGUAAAU